GCGGGCGCACGAGGGUGGCCCGGGCUCGGGAGGAACCGACCGGCAGCCGCGCGGCGGGGAGGCGGGUGCUCCCGCGGGUGGCGAGCCAGUCGGGGAGGGCUCGGAGCCGACGGAGUCCGCGAGUUCCAUCGCGAUCAUCACCCAGCAGCUCAUGGAGCUGCGCAAGAAUAGUUCUCCCAGCGCGCAGCACGUCUCCGAGAUAGCCCACAGUCUCCAUGUUGAACUAGGCAGACCGAAUGCCAUGUUGAAUCCCGAUGAGCUCGGCGAUCUGACAUACGUGUUGGGCAAACUCUACACGUUAGGAAAGCUGAGUCUUUCGCCGACGGUGCAGGACGUUCUCAAGCUGGUGGCCCGCACUGCCACGAAUGAUGCGAGCAGGCUGUCCCCACAUGGCAUCUCGACCCUCGUUGUCGGGUUCGCGAACUUCGCCCCGAUGAACGCGAUGAGCGUGCAUAGCGAGAACCUGAUGCCUGUGCUGGCCGCUAAGGUGGUAGACAAGAUCAGUACCUUCGAGUCCAGCCAUCUUUCGCAGACCGCGUGGGCUUUCGCGAAGUGCAGUUUGUGGAACCCCGUGCUGGUGAACACCCUCGGGAGCGAGUGCCGCAAAAAAAUACACACAUUCACAGUACAGGGCUUGUCGCAGUUGUCUUGGGCGAUGGCACAGUGGGUGAUCGUGGAUCAGGAGCUCAGGGACGCGUUGGUGGAGCAAGUGCUCAAGCGUGUCCAGGAUGUGCCUCCGAAUCUGAUGGCCAUCAUGACGUCCUCGUUUGUGUCGCUCCAGGUAAAGGACCAGCAGCUGUUCCAGGCAAUAUCGAGGGCCGUUCGCGAGAAGAUCCACCUUUUGAAGUCGACUGAUCUCGCCAAUAUGGUCAACGCGUUCGCAAAGGCCAGUAUUUCCGACGAGGCGAUGUUCGCGGCGGCGUCGGGCGAGCUCCUCAGAAGGGUACCGGGGGGCUUGAGGCCAACAGAGAUGUGCGACGUUGCCUGGGCAUUCUCGAAGAUCAAGCCUCAGUUCUCGCCUGCGCCGCUGAUCGGCGCGAUCUCACACGAGGCUGUCCAGCAACUCCCGAGCUUUCAGUGCCAGGACGUGGCGAGCCUGAUGUGGUCCUUGGCUGUGUCGCAGGUGCACCACAUGCCGUUGAUGUCCGGGAUCGGCCCAUCAAACAUGGUUGCUGACAACAUGGAGAGGUACGCCCCGCAGCACUUGGCCUCCAUAGCGCGGGCCUACGGGGCCCUCCUGCUGAAGCAGAGCAGGUUCAUGGAGGUCUUGGGCCGCCACGUCCACGCGAGCCUGCACAACCAGGCCCGGAGCCCCAGCGCCAGCGUGGAGCCUUUCACGGCGUCACACCUGUCGAACAUCGCGUACGCCUUCGCCGCGUUGAAGGUUCCGUGCGAGGCCCUGAUGAAGCACAUGGCCCCCACAAUCGCGUGCAACAUCGAGGAGUUGCGGCCACUGUUCCUGGCUCGCUGCGCCCGCGCCUACCGCGGGCUGUCCGUGCACUGCCCGGACCUCAUGGCGGCGGUCGUGCGAGAGGCCGCCAGGAAGCUGCAGAAGAGCCCGAAGGACUUCUCCACGCGGGACCUGCAGAGGGUCGUGGACUCUUUCUUCGCCUCGGAGGCGAUGUUGGGCGGCGUCGCGCUGGAGAACGAGCUCGCCGAGCGCAUGAGAAAGUACGGCGACAGGUUACGCGAGGUGUACUCGCGAGACGCUGCUGUUUCCAGCGACGACUGCAGGAGUCUCAUGGAGACCAGUAAGGACUUCGAGAGCAGCCUGAUCGCGACGCCGAUGCUGAUCUCGAGCCUGAACAUCAGCGUCCCGAGCCGCGGCUUCAUGCGUCGCUGCUUCGCCCAAGCCUGGAAGAGCUUCGACGGAGCCCCAGAGACUCACGUCGAGCGCGGCAGGGAGUACACGGUGGCGGAGAUCGACGUCUGCGUCCGCCCAGGGGGCCAGAAGCUCCACGACUGGGUCGUGCGCAACAAGGGCCACAAGGGCCCCAUCACCAGCGGGUGCCUGCUGCUGGCGGAGCACCCCGGGCGGACCGACGGCCGCUCGACGCCGCUGUACUUGACGCUCGCCGAGGUCUGCCGAAGGAUGACCAGCAUCUGCAUCGACGUGGAGGCCCCCGAGUCGCGGGCCACCGUGAGCGGCAGCGUGGAGAUCUUAUGCACCACCCUGCCGGACCUGUGGAGCAUUGGGGCGCUCAGACAGUUUGACGUCUUCUUCCCGAACGUCCGCCUCAGUUUCACCGAGCAGGUCCUGCAGGCGGCAGUGGUCGGCGUCGACCUGUGA